AUGGAUGACCCUAUGGGCUCAAGCCGCCAUCGUGUGGAGCAUCGAACGCCCACUGGCAAGCCGCCGGUAUCACGACGCCAUCGCGACAACUGCGUCGCCAGCACGGUAGGAAGAGCCAUCAUCUUCGGCACACCGCCGGAAGAACGCUCGUCUUCGGCACACCACCGGAAUAACCUUCGUCUUCGGCACACCGCCGGAAGAACCACCGUCUUCGGCACACCGCCGGAAAAACGCUAUGUCUUCGGCGUCCCGCCGGAAAACCUCAGUCUUCUGCACACCGCCGGAAAAACCCUACGUCUUCGGCGUCCCGCCGGAAAACCUUCGUCUUCGGCGUCCCGCCGGAAAACAUCGUCUUCGGCACUCCGCCGGAAAGCCCUCCGUCUUCGGCACCCGCCGGAACCCGUCACCGCUACCAAAAAUCCUGCGCAGUGUUGCCCCAGCUCCCCAGCCCUGGGCCCCAGCCCCAGCCCUGCCCCAGCCCGCCCAGCCCCCGCCAGCCCAGCCUGGCUCCGCCCCAGCCUGCCCAGUCCGCCCAGCCCCGCCCAGCCCGGCCUCAGCCCCGCCCAGCCCGGCUCAGCCUGCCCCAGCCCGCCCAGCCUGGGCUCAGCUCCGCUCAGCCUGGCUCAGCCCGCCUGCCCCAGCCUGCCCAGCCUGGCCUGUGCCUGGCUCAGCCUGCCUCAGCCUGCCUGCGCCUGGCUCCGUGCCCGUGCUCAGCCCGCCCAGCCUGCGCUCCAGCCUGGGCUCAGCCCGCUCAGCCCGUCUGCCUCAGCCCGUCUCAGCCUGCUCAGCCUGCCUCAGCCUGCCUGCCUCAGCCUCCGCCCAGCCCCAGCCAGCCUGCCCAGCCUGGCUCAGCCCGCCUCAGCCUCAGCCCCGCUCAGCCUGGCUCUCAGCCUGCCUCAGCCCGCCUCAGCCUGCCUGCCAGCCCUGCUCCGCCCAGCCUGGCCCCAGCCCGCCCCAGCCUCAGCCCAGCCUCCUGCCCGUGCCCUGGGCUCAGCCCCAGCCCCAGCCCUCAGCUCCAGCUCCCAGCCCAGCCCGCCUCAGCCUGGCCUCAGCCUGCGCUCAGCCUGGCCUCAGCCCAGCCUGCCUGCCCAGCCAGCCAGCCUCAGCCUGCUCAGCCUGCCUCAGCCCAGCCUGCUCAGCCUGCCCCAGCCCGGGUCAGCCCAGCUCAGCUCCCCACCAGCCUGGGCCCAGCCCGCACCAGCCUCCAGCCUGGCUCAGCCCGCCCAGCCUGGGCCCCAGCCUGGGCUCAGCCUGGCCUCAGCCAUGCCUGCCCAGCCUGGCUCAGCCCUGGGCUCAGCCUGCUCAGCCUGCUCAGUUGCCCAGCCCGCUCAGUGGGCUCAGCCUGGCUCAGCCUCAGCCUGCCCGCCCGCCUUGCCUGCCUGCUCACCAGCCUGCUCAGCCUGCCUGCGCCCGGCUCAAGCCUGCCUUAAAGCCUGCUUGUGCCUGCUUGCUCAGGCUAAAGCCUGCUCAAAGCUUGCUCGUUAA